AUGUCUGACAAUCAAGGAGGCGUACCACCACAAGGAACACAAGAACUAACCGUAUUUGUGCAAAAUUUGCUUCAUCAAAUGCAAAAAAGAUUCCAAGACAUGUCUGACACAAUUAUAAAAAGGAUUGAUGAAAUGGGAACCAGAAUAGAUGACUUAGAAAAGAGCAUCGGAGAGUUAAUGCAACAAGCAGGAAUUCCUGAAGAACAACUUAAAGAUGAUUCCAAUUCAAAUGAAAACAAUAUAAAUCAAUUAAACGUUGUGGUUGAUGCUCUUUCAUUGAGUCCCAAGGCUCUUCCAUCAUUCAUACCGAUCGGAUUCAAACCCUAUCCAAUCUCUGCCACUGCUUUUAAACCUUUAUAUUUUGAAUUAGUCAUUUCUCCGAAUGAUACGACCUAUCAGGGUUUUUCAAUUUCAAUCAUGUGUGAUGGAGAUGGUGGAUGCACUCCAGCCAUCACUACUUUGAACGUGAGUACAGACCCAGCCAUGAUUGCUGAUGGAAACUCAAUGUGGGGCUCUAACGGAACUUCUGCAUAUCCUGGUUUGACAAUUACAUCAUUUUCAACUCCUCCUUUCAAACAAGGAGUGAAUUAUUAUAUUGCAUAUUCGAGUUCUAUUGAUAUACCCCAUGCAAGCAUUGUCUGUCAAGGGUUUAAAUCCAAUAAGGUAUUGGUGAGUCCAAAAGAGAAGUUGCACGUUGAAAAGAUUUCUCAACACAAAAUUUUAGUGAAAUCGUCAAUAUCACAGGUCUCUAGUAAUGAAAGAUUGGUCAUGACUACCAAAUAUUCAGUCAUGGUACCGCUUGCUCAUAGUACAGGUGUUUCAGAAAAUCAAGAGCUUGUGUCAACAAUUAGAUCGCAACAGAAGGGAUUUGAUUUAUUCAAGAAAGGAUUUACUUUUGCCAGAGCUGGAAAUUUUGAUUUCCAUAGAAAAAUUAUUCAUCCAAAUUACUAUUAUUCAGCAACUUUAAAAAAGUAUCAAUACAGAGCAUGUAAAGAAUAUAUAUACAAGAUUUACAGAUAUGAUUCUGCGCUAAACAACAAAUUGUUUCCUACCUCAACACAUCAAGCAACUGAUACAUUAAGGCAAUUCUUUGAGGAACAUGUUCACCAAAUGUCCCUAAUUUUUUCAAGCUUGGCAGAAAAUAGCAAAAACUCAUUCUGUAAGCACAUUGAUGACAUGCCUUUUGGAGUAGCAGAUUUUACUGUCAGCAAUGAAUUUUCUGAUAACACGCCCAUUGCGUUGAUAAUGGUAGUUUCAUCCAGAGAGAAUGAUCAAAUCGAAUAUGUGCAUUAUCCAGUAUUAGUGCAUCUGACUGAGGACAGAACAUUUCUUUCUCGAGUAAGCAGCUACGUUUCUAACGUACUGUCCACAGUGUUUAACCCCAAACGUUGGAUCAGAGAUUUAUAG